AUGCAUAUCUCCCUGUCUCUGCUGCACCUCGAAUUUGUCAGUCGGGUCAUGCAACAUGAACUGUUGAUAGUGUUGGCGGGCUACCCGUCGUCUCUUAACGGUGCGUUACUGCUGCACCCUUCAGAGAAGGACCUAUUUGAGCAGGCGAUUGAGUUUGGGUCUCGAGUGCAGACCAUCAAGAGUGCCUGCAGAGAAGCCGCGACACCUCUAGCGCGCGUCGUGGAAAAGAGGGUGCUACGGCCUUAUCUAGAGUGCUUAGCCGCUAUAGAGAAGCAAAUUUUGAGCGGCAAGGGAAAGUAUGGUGCAUACCCUGGUAUUUCUGUUGCGGCCAUCUUUGCAGACUCGCUUUACAAGUGGGAUCGCCAGAUGGAAUACGCCCAGGCGUUGGUUCAGUACAAUGGUUCAACCGCAGAAAUAAUCGCUCAGACUCAAGCGGACUGUUUAUCUGGGUUUCCUGAAAUAAGAGACAUCGCGCAAGAUCUCUCAAUAGAGCUCGACAGAUCGUGGCUUCGCAGCGUGUCGUCGUGGAUUCUAUGGGGUCAGGCAAUUGACUGGCCAAGCAUAAAGGCGCACCCCUCUCUAGACAGAGAAACUCUGAAAUGUAUCAUAGAUACCGGAAACUGCUUACAGCGUAUGAACAUGAUGCAAUUCUCUCUGCAGUCCAAAAAUCGUGAUGUUCUGAAGAGUAAUGCUCGCAUUUUCGAGUCCAUCAAAGUCACCAUAGAUCUCACCGAUAUCAAGGACAAAUUGACGAGAAUUCGAAAUGCACUACUUGACACUGUCAUGGCUAGCCCCAAUAACAACAUCCAGUUACAAAAUACUCUUGAUCUGUUACGCAAAAUCGUGCUGGCUGGAUCCAGCGCGUUCACUAGGACGUUUUUGGAAACUGCAAAAAUAAAAAGAGCACGGCUACCUGCAGACCCGAGUAACCAGCUGUUUCAAAAUGCUGUUGCCAGCUACUUUGAAGAUUACCACGAACUCGCUCCUGAAUGUGAGGACCUCUGUCACAGACUGAUCAAAUUUGAAGUGCUGCCUGAGGAAGAGCAGGCGGAAUAUAACGACCAAGUUGACGAUAUCAUGUUUGGUGUUCGCGUUACCUUUCUCUUUGAACUGGAUUGGCCUUUCAGUUUGUAUUUUACCGAGCAACAGUGUAGAGUCUACGCUGAUAUCGGUUGUUUUUUAUUAACUUUCUCGAUGGCAAUGACGCAGUUAGAUGCCGGAGUACGGUCCCUUGAAGCCUUUAAAUAUGGCGUUUUUCUUAAAGCCUUGUGGCAGCAUUUCCAAUGGACCAUCGAUAAGCUUUUCCUGGAAAUAAGAGAGUGCUGUAGCAGCCUGCCCGGCACCACGACAGAGAAACUCAACACAUCGCUCAAAAAGGCAGGUUCGCUGCUACUGUUUGAUACCCCAGAUAUCAGGCAAGCCACGAGACAGCUCAUUGUUUCGGCGUUAGCGGUUUCAGAGGGGAGAGACGCUGUCGAUGGCAUUGGACAGCUGCUCGACCUCUUGACUCAACGAGACGACUUGGAUGAUCUUAUGCCAUAUCUGGAGCCGUUUGAAACAUAA